AUGCAGGCUAAGCACUUUGGUUCCCAGAACCCAAGUUGUAAGAUCAUGACCUUCCACCCAACCAUGGAAGAAUAUGCGGAUUUCAACAAAUACAUUGCUUACAUAGAAUCGCAAGGGGCGCACCGAGCAGGCUUGGCUAAGAUAGUUCCACCCAAAGAAUGGAAAGCCAGACAGACCUACGAGGAUAUCGAUGACAUCCUAAUAGCCGCUCCGCUCCAGCAGGUGGUCUCUGGGCGGGCAGGCGUGUUUACUCAAUACCACAAAAAGAAGAAAGCCAUGACCGUGGCAGAGUACCGCCGCUUAGCAAACACUGCAAAAUACCAGACUCCAUUCUACUCCGAUUUUGAGGAAUUGGAGCGAAAAUAUUGGAAAACCCGCCUCUAUGAGUCCCCAAUAUAUGGCGCGGACGUCAGUGGCUCUUUAUUUGAUGAAAACACGAAGCAGUGGAACCUGGGACACCUGGGGACCAUCCAGGACCUGCUGGAGCAGGAGUGCGGGGUGGUCAUCGAGGGCGUCAACACCCCCUACCUGUACUUCGGCAUGUGGAAGACCGCCUUCGCCUGGCACACGGAGGACAUGGACCUUUACAGCAUCAACUUCCUGCACUUCGGGGAGCCCAAGACGUGGUACGCGGUGCCGCCCGAGCACGGCCGGCGCCUGGAACGCCUGGCCGGCGCGCUCUUCCCGGGCAGCUCGCGGGACUGCGAGGCCUUCCUGCGCCACAAGGCGGCGCUCAUCUCGCCCACGGUGCUCCGGGACAACGGCAUCCCCUUCGGUCGGGUCACGCAGGAGGCGGGCGAGUUCAUGGUGACCUUCCCCUACGGCUACCACUCGGGCUUCAACCACGGCUUCAACUGCGCCGAGGCCAUCAAUUUCGCCACCGCGCGCUGGAUCGAUUACGGCAAAGCGGCCUCGCAGUGCAGCUGCGGCGAGGCGCAGGUGGCCUUCUCCAUGGACGCCUUCGUGCGCAUCCUGCAGCCCGAGCGCUAUGAGCUGUGGAAGCGCGGGCAGGACCGGGCGGUGGUGAACCACGCCGAGCCCGCGGCGCCGGGCGGCCGGGAGCUGAGCGCCUGGACGGAGGUGCACUCGCCCUGGGGAACCCGGCUCGCCUCCAACUCCCAGGAGCCGCGCCAGACCCCGCCGCGGACCCCAGGUUCAUCUGCUCCAGAUCACUACCCAACUGGCCGAUGUGUUUCUCGUCGUCGUCCUCGGAAAAGGGGUACUCUAGAGCUGACUGUCCGACCUGGGCGAAGAGGAGCCUCUCCAAAGACUCAGAUCUGA